AUGAUUCUGUGCAAUAAAUGUCUUGUGCUUAUUUUGUUUUUAAUUAUCGGACAUGUAAAUUCAGAGAUCAUUAUCACAACGUCGCUUGUGGCUAGUGCAGCAAUCGCUGGUGGGUGGUUUAAAUGGGAUACUAUCAAAGCACAAACUGUUUGUAGGUUUACAGAAUGUUGUGAUUCUAACUACGUGCCUUACGACCUAGACAAAUUGAAGCUGUCACUCUCUCAAAGAAUGUUUGGCCAACCACUUGUAAAGGAACUUGUUACUAUUCUACAUGCCCACAAAGAUGCAGUUGAAGCAGAGAAUAAAAUCAAUAAAAAAGCUUUAGUUAUCAGCCUGCAUGGAUGGACUGGGGUUGGUAAAACAUAUGCAGCUUCUAUGAUAGCUGAUGCCAUUUAUAAAAAUGGUGUUCAUAGCAAAUAUGUUAAAAUAUUCAUGGGUAAAAAAGACUUUGACUGCACAGACUUAGAGAGAAAAAAGAAAGAACUAUUGGACAUUGUUAAUAAGAUGGUGAAGAAUUGUCCAAGAUCUCUGUUCAUAUUUGAUGAGAUCCAUGACAUGUGCCCAUCUGUGCUUGAUGCAAUAAAACCUAUGGUGGACCAUCACCAAGCUGUGGAUGGAGUAGACUACAGGGACAGUAUUUUUGUAUUUAUUUCGAAUAUUGGUGGUCAGGAGAUUGCAGAUAACCUGCUGCAGCUGUACACUCAAGGAGUGAAAAGAAAUGAUGUUGAAUUUAGUGAUUUUGAAGCUGUUAUUAGGAGGACUGCUUAUUAUAAAGGAGGAUUUGAGAAAGCUGACUUAAUAGCACGUCACCUAAUUGAUCACUACAUUCCCUUCCUGCCUUUGGAGCAGCAACAUGUUGAGCGGUGUGCAUUGUCCGAGUUCCGGUUGAAUGGCGUUUAUGAUCCCAGUGAUGAAAUGAUGAUGGAUGCUUUGUCAGUAAUCACGUAUGGACCUUCUGAAGAUCAACCAAUAUUCUCCAACAAUGGCUGCAGGAGGUUUAUAAAGCACAUUCCCUAUAUUAUCAAGAAACACAAAGAGAAAGUUCUUGAUAAAAGUGAAUUAUAAUAUUUUUUACACAUUUUAAGUUAUAUUUAAGGCUAACCAUGUGAUACCUGUUCUCUUAAAGAGUUGUUUAGCUGAAAGCUAGCAAUUAUGUACCUGAUUCUUUGAUGAGACUCAAAUGAGAAUCAUAGGUAAACCAGUAAUGUAUUUGUUUGUGGAUUUGAUGGGUUGAUGCCAGUUAUUUAGUAUAGGAAGUGGUGCUAAGUAUUAGCUCUAAAGUUUGGCAGCCAUAAAAUGUAUUGUCGUUCCUCAGUUCUGUUCAUUUACAAUAUUUUGUUUUAAUCCCACCUUAAUAGUAAACAGGAAGCAGAGUCAUAGUUGCAUUUUUCACGUUAAACUUUGUUUAAUGGCAUGUGUAAAUAUUAUUAUACAUAUAUAGCUGGAGUUAUUUGUAUGUGUUUGGCACUAUUCAGAACAUCUUAAUAUUUAGUAUUAUGCUAAAAAAUUUAACAUUUGUAUUGUAAAAUAACUAAUCUCCAGACAUAUUAUGACCUGUGUUAAGGACAGUAAAGUUGUGGCCAUACAAAAAUGUUUACUAUUAAGUAGAAAUCAUGUUUUUUUUUAUUAAAUUUACCAUUGAAAAUAA